AUGAGGAGGCUGGCCUUUGCGCAAUCUGCCGUCAAGCUCGUUACGGAUUGGGGACUCGAUGGCAUCGAUAUCGACUGGCAAUACCCGACUAACGACACAGAAAGAGACUUCGUCGAGUUCCUCAAAGCCUAUCCCAGUCCGGCCCGCGCCGUGAGCCACAGGCUCAUGGACCUAGCAGCGAUGAACAAGUUCGUCGAUGUCUGGCACCGGAUGGUCUACGACUACGCCGGGUCAUGGGGCACGACCACCGGCCACCGAGCCAACGUCUACUUGUACAAGGACCUCCCCCGCCCCGGCGCGACGGUCGAGUACGACGACGUUGCCAAGCCCAUCUAUAGCUACGACGCGGCGGCCAGGGAGCUGGUCUCGUACGAUGACGUGCGCAGCGCUGUCUUCAAAUCCGGGUACAUCUACGAGCGCGGUCUCAGCGGUGCAUUCUUUUAG